AUGAAAAAAAUUGAGAAUUCUUUCAGUGAUAUUGAAGAUUUGAAUAUUACUAAGACACGUCAGAACAUUGAUUCAUGUGGAACAGGAAAUUGCAGUUCAAUUGAAACAGUUUGUAUGAAACAGCAGUUUAAAUUGUUCUUUGAUUGUGAUCGUGAAUUGCACAAAGCUUAUUCCAUCGAGGAUAUUUGA